AUGGCUCCGAGCGCGGACUCCGCGCUGACUCUGUGUCGCAGCUACGCUUUCAGCUUUCUGGUCAUCGCCUAUGUCCUGUUCAUCCUGCUCGGCGGGGCAGUGUUUAUGGUGCUCGAGCAGCCCGAGGAGCGCGCUCUCGUUGCUGAGGUCCGCGAACUUCGAGCGAACUUUCUGGAAAGGCACCCGUGCGUGGAGGACAGCGGUCUGGACGCGCUGCUGAGGAAAAUCCUCUCAGCCGGAAAACGCGGCGUCUCUGAGGAGGACGGAGAGGAGGACAACUUUGACUUCACCUCGUCGCUGUUCUUCGUCACCACGUUCCUCACCACGACAGGUUAUGGCACCACCAUUCCGCUGUCGGAUGUGGGUCGAGUGUUUUGUAUCCUUUACUGUCUGGUGGGCAUUCCCCUCACUCUCCUGCUGCUCUCCUGCCUCACGCAUGCUUUACUGCCCAGAGUGACCCAUGCGCCCAUCCGCUACCUGCAGCUCUACUGGGGUCUGUCCCACAACAGAGCUGCGCUGCUGUACUGCGGGGUGUUAGCAGUGUGCACUGCAACGCUGUUCUUUCUGCUGCCUGCUGUUGCGCUCUGCCUCUUGGAGAGAGACUGGAGUUUUCUGGAGUCGCUGUACUACUGCUUUAUCUCUCUCAGCACCAUUGGGCUGGGAGAUUAUCUGCCUGGGAGGACGCACAGUCGGGCGGCGCGGCAGGGGCUGGAGUUUGCCACUUCAUGUUACCUGGUGCUGGGGCUUGUGGUCCUGUUGGUGGUUGUGGAGAGUUUCUGGCAGCUGCAGCAGGUGCAGGCUUUGGUGCGUCUCUUCGUCGGGGCUCGGGUGAGUGAGCUGAUGGGAGUCGGUCUUGAUGAGCUUGUGCUCGGUGGACAUUCAGGAGCUCAGGUGAGCUCAGAGGAGCCCCAGUACACUCUGCCUAUCUCCACCAUCUCACACCCCGUCCCUGCUGCACACACAUCUGCCUCUGUGGAGGAAACAUCAACACUGGAAACACCACACGCAGCAAGCUGUGAGAUAACUGCUUCCCUUACAGUUCACCCAGAAGGUAUCACAGACUCGCCUGACCAACCAACCAACUGAAUAUCAACAGGGAAGAAGUUUGUUCAUCUUUAAAAAUAGUUACUGGAGUCGUAUCAAUGAGUUAAAGUCACAACCACAUUUACCCUGCCAGUUGGAUCAGUGAGAGUGGAUGAUCUUUGGCAACUCAGGCAUGGCCUGUGUAUUUAUUUGAAGUGAUAUGCAUUCAUGUCUCAUUAACACAACAGCUAACAUACCAUUCAGUCUGUUGGAGAAAAUGUUUUUCUUCAUUUUGCAAAUCAUAGCCGUCAGGACAAGACUUUGUAUCUCCAUCUUUGCUAGAGGUUCAACUCAUUAGGAGCUAAAAGAACAGACAAAAUAGUCCCCAAAGAAAACAUGUUUUUUGGAUUAACACACUUUUGCCAUUCAUUACAGUUACAUAUAAAAACAUAUAAAACAUGUUCAGGGUUACUGAUCACUAAAUAAAAUGGCUAUAUUUGGUUCCUAUCACCACCACUGUAAAAUAAAAAAACAAAAACGAUUUGGUAAAUUAGUAGAAACUAGUAGAUUCUGAACAAGUUUCUGAACAAGUACCUGAACAUUCAUUCUCAAAGCCAUCUUGAAGGACAAUAAUAUUUGCAUUUCAAAAAUUAACUAUAAUUUAAAGUACGUUCCUUGCUGCAGUUCAAAAUGUAUCCAGUAGGGGGCAGACAUGUAUCAGUAGUAUUUACUAAUGAUGGAGCAAAUGAACUGUGAUGUAAAGCAUGUAGAUCACUGCGCAGGACAUACUUGAUACUCACAUAUUUGGGAUGAUUCACAAACUUUGUGGUUUAACAACCUGUCACUGUCAAUUUUGCUGAACAUUUUCUCAUUGUCUGAUAAUUUAAUCUGGUAAAUCUGGGAGAUUUGGAGACCUCUCUGAUGGAAAUGUGUAAUCACACACAUGUGGAAGAGCGUUUUGUAGGUCCUCUUUGGACCCCUUCCCCGAGUGGAUGAAUCUGAUGUUAGCCUGUCGAAAGAAUAUUCAAAGACAGUUCAGUCUUGAUGAAGGACUGUUCUGAGAAUAUAAGUAAAUUAUCUACUACUGUCAUCAUAUCUUCAUAUUUGCUUAUAAUUUAAUGGACAAAAACCUUGGGAGCCUCUAAAUAAGCAUAUUAAUGUCCAUUUGCAGUCCAGAUGGACUAUAUUUUCUCAGCUCUGGUGCUGUUAACUCCUUUCUGAGUUGUAAGUCCUCAGCCUUUAGAGGGCAGCCUUCUUGUAAUUUUGAUGAUGAAGGAGAAUUCCACCAUUUUUUCAAAAGUUCUACAUAAUUCAGGGGUUGAGACAUAAACAAAGUCAUUCAGAGUGGUUUGACGCAAAUUUUUAGAAAAACUAACAUUCAGAUUUUCUUUAUAGUGGUGGUGAAAGGAACCAGGUGAGGUUUAUAACACAAAUAUAGUCAUUUUUAAAAUCAUCACCACCACCACCAGUGAACCUACACAUGUCUUCUAAGUUUUUUAUAUGCUUAUAUUUAUUUAGUGUUUAUGUUGACAGUGAUUAAACAGUGGCGAAUGUGAAACAUUGAAGUUUCAUUGGGGACUGUUUUGCCUUCCAAUGCCCUGCAUUGAUCUGGACACCAUGAUUAUGUUUUAAGCCAGAACUUUAUCAGAGAACAAUGUCUCAGGCAUCAGACAGCAUGUUCAUAACCAUUUUGUGUUCCAAAUAUUAUGUGAGGGAGCUUUUAGAGGCUCUCUAUCACCACCACUGUGAACAGUUCUGCCUCCAUAACUUUCUCUAGAAUGGAGCAUUUCACAUCAAACCGCUUAGAAUAUCUUUCUCCACUUCUUAACUCUUCAAGUUUGCAGACAUUUUGAAAAAUCUGUGAAAUUUCCCUUUAAUAAAAAAUGUUUGUUGUAAACAUAUCCUUAAAGACACUGGAUGUAACGAAACACUAGUCUUUAAAAUGUUUUCCCAUAAAAUGUUGUGCAAAGAUAAUAUUAAAGGUAAUUUAGAUCACAGAUAUAAUUGACAAAAUUACCAUUUUUAGCUCUACAAUGUGCUGAAUAUGCCUCACAUCCCGGCAUUGUUUGCUUCACAUUGUAGCUGGACUUUUCAAAUCAUGUUUAGUCUCGUCAUCCAGCCGCUGAGUGACACAAUGCAUAGUAGGGCAGAAUAUGUGUGUGGGAACAAGUGCACAAAUGUGUGUGUGUGUGUGUGUGUGUGUGUGUGUGUGUGUGUGUGUGUGUGUGUGUGUGUGUAAAGGGGACACAGUGACUCAGACUCUGUGCCCAGCACUGAUGGCUCUGCCUCUGCUCACCCGCCUCACAUAAAUGCUCCUGUCCGCCUGACGCACAGAUGAGAUCAUACACUGCUAUUAUGACAUUCUGCCAUUUAGGCCGUCCUCUCUUGCACACUCAUUGUGUUUAACCAGUGGACGCCUGCUAAAUCUCAUAACUCUGUGUGAACAUAAUGUGAGGGUUGAACUGACUGUUAUGCCUGAUAGUUCGAUGUUGACAUGCGUGUUUAACAUGUGUGCUAUUUAUACUUCUCAGAAAAAAGGAAAUAUGUAUUAUUUAUCUUUUUUUUGCAAAGUAGCAUUCUCUCAAGUGUAUAUAUAUUUUUCAAUUAAAGCCCAAGAUAAAGGAAUUUGCUAUGGUGCUCUCAAAAGACAACAUAAAGCAAUCAAAAAGAAUAAACAAGGACAAUGCAAUUAGAACAGCCAGAUUAAAAACAUUUAUAAACACCACAAUAAUAUUUAACUGAAAGACUGACUUAUUAACCUAAAUAAAAGAAAAUAAAUCUUAACUACAGAAAUUCGCGACAGAAGACAGAAGACUAUACUGUUUGUAAUGAUCCUAAAAAUGAACCUUAAAUGAGUUUUAAAUGUACACUAUGUUCAUUUUGCGUAUUUGUUAGGUAUUAAUGCUGCAUAACUUAAAUUUCCAUAACAUUUUUAAAAAUAGAAGAAUUACUUUAUAAGCCUGGAGUCGACAGGAUCAAAAAAACUACUACCACAGCAACAAUGGCACCCAAAAAAGUAUAGAUUAACACCUUUUUUCCUGUGAGUUAACAUUAAAAGUUAAGAAAGUUUUUUUUUCUUUUCUCUCAUAAAGAUACCAUUCAGAGAUAUAGUUGCAUGCUAAGGUUUGGGCAUCACUGACAAAAUGACAUAGUUGUUGACUUUUAAUUCUGGCAUGUUCAAAAGUUUGGAUACUCUUCCAGUUGUAAACUUCAUUAACUCAUUAGACUUAAGUUAACUUGUUAGGAGUGGUUAAGAACUGUCAUGAGGUUGUCAGCUAAUGAGUGUAAAUACUCUUGCUCUUCAAACCUGUGUUAACACUCAUUAACCAUGGUCUCUAUCAAAGCAACUGGCUGAGGAUCUGAAAAUGAAGCCAAUAGCAGGCAAAGACUAUAAAAAGAUAUCAGAGCUUCCAACUCAUGAUUUCCACUGAUGUAAAUGUCAGUAAAGGGGAACUCAAAGCAAGAUCUGCAAGACUAAGGAAACUCUAAAAUAAAACAGUAUGAUAAGAAAGGUAAAGCUAAACACCAAUACUACCACAAAGAACCUGCAGGAAGGCUUGGCUGAUACAUGGGAGGGGUAUCAGCAGGAAACCUUACCUGUAAACUUAUCACGAGGUCAGUGUCUGAAGUAUGUAAACAUCAUCUAAAUAAGCCUGAGGCAUUUUGGAAACAAAUGCUGUGGACAGAUGAAGUAAAAAUGGACCUACAUGGAAACAGUCAUCACAGGCAUUUGAUGAAAAGAACACCUUGGUAACUGUUAAGUAUGGGGGUGGAUUUGUUACACUUUGAGUUGUGUGGCUGCCAGUGGCACAGAAAAUAUUGCAAGGGUAGAUGGCAAAAUGGAUUUCGCUAAGUAUCAGCAGAUUCUGGAGUGGUGACAUAUUCUGUCCAAAAACAGACGCUGAAAAGACUGGCCGGCUUCUACAACAGGACAAAGAACCAAAACAUAUCUGAAAUUCCACCAUGAACUAGUUCAAGAAAUGUAAAACUGUUUGGAAUGUGAGUAGAUCUGAAACAUGCAGUACGUGCAAGAAUAUUACAAAACUGGAAGCGUUCUAAAGGAAGAGUCAGAGAAAAUUCCAAACAAUGUCAUAGAAAGAGUAGCUGGUUACAAAAAGUGUUUGCGAGCUGUUUGGUGUCCAAACUUUUGAACGUGUUUUAAAUAUGUUGAGAAUGUGUUUACUUUGUUUCAUGAAAAAAAAAUUGUGCACAAGGUUAUUUGUCUAGGGGUGCCCAAACUUUUGCAUUAAACUGUAUGAAACGUUUCUUUAUUUGCUCAUAACACCCAUAGUGGACUUCUGUUAGAGAAAGUGUCUGUCUUUGUGCCCUCAGUAGGAGGUUGAAUGAAGACUUUAAGAAGUAAAUGAAGUGAAUCAUUUGAACUCUUUCUCUCAGUUCCUCACUUUAAAAGUAUUACUGUGAUCUCUGUCUCUGCCCUGCCUGACUUGAAGUACACAUUGUGGAUGGUGGGCUCAGUUCCAGAUAUUUGAUAGCUGAGACAUUACUGGUCUCAUGACCCUGUUGUGUUCGAGUGUGGGUCUCUAGGGAAAGUCCUUGACCGGAAGAAGCACCUCUCCACUGUCUUCAUGCAUUGGUAGAGUUUUCCCAGAUUGGUUACAGGCUACACUACACAUAAACAGAUGUUCAUGUUAUGUAAAUGUUGUAUACAUAAUAUUGAAUAGAUUGUCACACUGCAGAUUCGGAUGACUUUGUUACUAUUUUAUUUUGUACUUCUACACCAUCAACAGCCCCUUGACAUUUUGACGGACUGUUAGCAGGUGGCACUGUAAUGCAUGUCUAUAUUUAUCAAGGCAGCCUGAACACCAGCUCUGAUCUUUUGGGAUGGUGCAACAGCGCUCCAAUGCUAGGAGUACUUUUCCACUCCUGGACAUAGACGACUGCAAUCUUUUAGACACUUACUGUCUAACAGCUGUUUCAAAAGAGCGUUUAGAGAUGGUGAACAUGUUUAAGCACUAAAUUUGCUCCUGUGAAAUGUCUUUCAAGCCUUUCAAGUCUAAUGUGUAUCUGUAAAACUAGUAGGUUUACCGUAUACAGUUCUAGCCACCAUUAUCAGCGCCCUUUUCUUUUUCUUCCUUUUCCUUUUCUUUUUCUUCAUAAAUAAAUCAAAAUAUAUCAA